GACUUGUUGUAUAUAUCCCCACUCAACACAAUUUCUCGACGUGUUGAUGUAUGGAUUACUAUAAUAUAGAAAAAGUUUAACCUAUGAAUUUAUCCAUCCGUUCAUCCCAAAUAUCCAUCGUUUCCAGCUUACCAUCUUAUUUUAGCUGUGCCUCAUAGGUUGUGCCCUUGGCGUUGAUUUGAUGGGAUCGAGGCAAGUAAGAUCAGGACUAAAAUCAGGGGUAUGAAGGGAAAUUACACAAGCAUGUGCCGGAGUUAGUUAGAUUAUGAUGUUGAUGGUCGAUGAAUACAAAAACAUCCAAACUACCCACUCUAUAUCCAAUCCUUCGUCCGUCAGAUAUUUUCUCUAAUCAAGAAUCAAGAAUAUCAUCCUUUUGGUUUUAUUGACCACCCACGCUCUUUAGUACAACUCAGGCUUUGCCAACUUACACUCUUUCCAAAUUUUCAUUCAUCAAUUUUCUCCCAUCUUCAAAUUCUUUUUUAUAUUCGUAAUGUUCUCCAAGAUCUUCUCCCUCGCCACUUUGGUGGCCGCGGCCUCCGCAUACACCGUCCUUACCCCAACUCUCAACUCCACCGUUGCAAAGGGUAAAUCCACCAGUGUGACCUGGUCCUCUGUCGAUACCGACGCAUCCCAAUUCUCCAUCUACCUCGUCAACUUCAAAGACUGGCCUCCUACCGUCAUCUCUCUCGCUCAAAAUGUUCCACAAUCCGAUAACAGCGUCGAUGUUACUAUUCCCUGUGACGUGAAAAGUGAUUACGGAUGGCAACUCAACUUCAUCAACGGAACUAACACCUACGUCAUCUACGCCCAAUCCAACGCCUUCUCCCUCACCGGAUCAUGCGUUGACCCCACCACCUCCUCUUCUGUUUCCGUCGCUACCACCACUGCAUACGCGACCAAGAACUCAACCGUUACCGCCUUCUCCACCGCCACCACAACCGCCAUCUCCAAAGUUAUCGAGACCGUAACCUUCACUAGCCCCAUGGUCUGGUUCGUUCAACCUACCUCUACCGGUGCCAUGUGCGCGCCCGUAAAGACUGUAACAGUCUUUGCUAAUGGACCCGCCCCAACCGAUUGCAGCUCUGGCUCUGGUUCUGGUUCAGGAUCUUCUUCGGGAGGUCAUGGUUCAGGCUCUGGCUCUGGCUCUGGCUCUGGCUCUGGCUCUGGCUCUGGCUCUGGCUCUGGCUCUGGCUCUGGCUCUGGCUCUGGCUCUGGCUCUGGCUCUGGCUCUGGCUCUGGCUCUGGCUCUGGCUCUGGCUCUGGCUCUGGCUCUGGCUCUGGCUCUGGUUCAGGCUCCAGCUCAGGCUCUGGCUCUGACUCUGGUUCUGGUUCUCCAGGAACAUAUAGCAACUCCACUACCGGCACCAGCAAACCAAGCUACAGUGUGCUUCCAUCGGGUACAGGAUCCGGACCAAAGAGCACCACUACAGGUACCACACCUGUUUUCACAGGCGCAGCAACUUCCGUUCAAGCUGGUUCGAUGCUUGCUUUGAUCGCCGGUGCCGCAGUCGCUUUGUUGUAGAUUUAAUCGUUUCUGGAUUUUAAUCAGGGGUUAAUAUGAAGGGGGUUGAUAGAUAGAUUGGAUAAUUGAGGAGGAGAGCAGACAAAAGAUCGUUGAUAAUAAUGGGAUGAGAGAAAAUAUUACUGGAUAGAUCUUGAUGUACAAACAGGCAUAUACGGAUACACAGACAGACAGACAGACAGACAUUUUGGUAGACGCCGUAUUGGUAAUUGAUGAUUGAACAGUAAUAACGAAUAAUGCCCUAUCAUGAUACACACUGCAUUUUCUCUUCCUCUCUCUAUUCUCUCGUGUCUAUGAAACGAAACGCAACUAUAGCUUUAACAGCGACAAGAUCCAACAAAUUGCAACAAACCGCGCA